AAACAUUAGGAACACUUUUCUAAUAUUGAGCUGCACCCCCUUUUACCCUCAGAACAGCCUCAAUUCGUCAGGGCAUGAACUUUACAAGGUGUCCAAAGCGUUCCACAGGGAUGCUGGCCCAUGUUGACAAUGCUUCCCACAGUUGAAUCAAGUUGGCUGGUAGUGGAUUUCUACUCCAAAUAGCUCAUUCAAUCUCAUCCCACAGAUAAUAAAUUGGAUUGAGAUCCGGUGACUGGGCAGGCCACUGCAGUGAGCUGAAUUCACUGUUGUGUUUGUGGUCCAGACAUCACUAGAGCACACAGAUCAUAUUAUCACCAUUCAGAUAAAUGAAGAGCAUAUUACUUCCUGGUACACAUUAUGAUGCUGUGUUAGUAUUUAGUUAUUAUUAAGGCACAUUUCAUUCUAUCACAUAAACAUAUUUGUGUAUUGUACAUAGAUGGAUCUGGCAUCAAAUCUGACUUUGGAAUCAGAUUCCCUCUCUUGGUGGUGUAGUGUAAAGACAUGGUGCUCUGACAACACAUCUCUGUGCAAUAACUACUUUAAUACCAGUAGACAACAUUUGUGUGGUGUUAGCCAAGUGAAAAAUGUCCACACAUUGUCACAACAACUGUGUUUUGUGGUCCUUUGUUUUUUAGCGACACCAACAAUAACCAGCACCACAAGAAAACCUGCUACAAAAACAACAGCAUCAAACCCAGGUUCACCAACGCUAUCAUCCUUAGCCACCUCCAUCUCAUCGUCAUCCAUCUCACCACCAUCAUCCAUCUCAUUAUCAUCAUCCAUCUCAUCAUCAACACAAAAUGGAUUUGAUACAUCAGUGGUCAUCAUAGUAUCUGUGACUCUGGUCAUGCUGCUAUUGGUGCUUGUGGUCAGCCUGCUCAUAGUCUAUAGAUGGAAAUUCAACAAGGAAACAGCUGACUCCUCAGCACCCAGGGUGAACACAGACACUCGGAUCAACAUAGAGGGUUGUCAUGGUGAUGGUGACUAUGAGGAAAUAAAGGACCGCCCCCUACAGUCCAGUUCAGGUAGUGAGACCACCACCAUCUACUCCACUGCCAACUUGCCCACAAGCCCCUCUGACUGUCUCAACUACGCCAACAUCAACUUCCACAAGGACCCCAGCUGCCCCAAUGAGGCCACUGCCGCCAUCGCUAAAAAGGGCACUUUUUCUGGUGACUAUGCCACUGUCAACAUAAGUCAAAACCCUGCCUACUCUACUGUCAAUCAUCGACACAGCUCCUCUGAGGCUCCUCCCAUCUACCCCACAGUGAGGAAAUCCAGAGACACCUGAGUCACUGACAAUCAAUCACAAGGGACAUACACUCACUGGCAACCAAUCACAAGAAACAUGUCAAGAACUACGUUUGCCACUAACAGCCUCUUGAACACUGAGCUCUGUUUUUAGCUGACAGCUGCAUAAUGUACUUCAUGUCCUCACAAUGUGUUUCCCUGACUUCUCUCUUCCAUCAUAUGUGUUUCCCUGACUUCUCUCUUCCAUCAGAUGUGUUUCUCUGACUUCUCUCUUCCAUCAGAUGUGUUUCCCUGACUUCUCUCUUCCAUCAGAUGUGUUUCUCUGACUUCUCUCUUCCAUCAGAUGUGUUUCCCUGACUUCUCUCUUCCAUCAGAUGUGUUUCUCUGACUUCUCUCUUCCAUCAGAUGUGUUUCCCUGACUUCUCUCUUCCAUCAGAUGUGUUUCCCAGACUUCUCUCUUCCAUCAUGUGUUUCCCUGACUUCUCUCUUCCAUCAGAUGUUUCCCUGACUUCUCUCUUCCAUCAGAUGUGUUUCCCAGACUUCUCUCUUCCAUCAGAUGUGUUUCCCUGACUUCUCUCUUCCAUCAGAUGUGUUUCCCUGACUUCUCUCUUCCAUCAGGUGUGUUUCCCUGACUUCUCUCUUCCAUCAGAUGUGUUUCUCUGACUUCUCUCUUCCAUCAGAAGUUUCCCUGACUUCUCUCUUCCAUCAGAUGUGUUUCCCUGACUUCUCUCUUCCAUCAGAUGUGUUUCCCUGACUUCUCUCUUCCAUGAUAUGUGUUUCCCUGACUUCUCUCUUCCAUCAGAUGUGUUUCCCUGACUUCUCUCUUCCACCAGAUGUGCUUCCCUGACUUCUCUCUUCCAUCAGAUGUGUUUCCCUGACUUCUCUCUUCAACUUGUCUUAAUGUCACUUAAUUGCAUGUUAAUAUCUGCAGACAAAUAUUGUCUAUUAUUUGGCAAGCACUGAAAAAGGUAUCACAACUUUUUGACCAAGCCAGUAUAACUGUCUAUUUAUGUUUUUUAACACAUUUAUAAAUGAUUAAAUCACCAUUAAUUAUAUAAUGUUCGAGUCCUUAUGAAGGGUUUCUUAAUGUAAAGUUUGAUACAACCCAGUAAGCGCUUACUGUACCUAGUUGCAGAACCAAGACAGGUGACGGAGAGUUCUCUAUCAAAGACCCUCAAUUAUGAAACAGCUUGCCCUGUUAAGUAAGAGUGGCAGACAUGAUUGAAGAUUUUAAAUCACUGUCAAAAACACACCUUUUAAAAUCACAGUUUACAAUGUACCUUUUAGCUUGGCCUUCAAUCAGUGACUGUUUUAGACGUCCUCUGUGUUUUACGUUAUUUUAUUCAUCCUUUUUACUGCUUCCUGUUUGCUUCAAAUUUUUAAUUUGAUUGUUUUGUUGCGAAUUGUGUUGCGAUUUUAAAUGGACUUUAAAUUAAAGGAGCAGUGCAGUUAAAAAUGUGAUUGGACAUUACAGUAUUUUGUUUACGUUGUUGGCAAAAAAUGACAAUCCAUUUUAAUUCCAUUUUGUAACACAAUAAAACGUGGGGGAAAUCUA